CUUUUACUUGGUACGAAAACAUAAGCCUCUUUCCUCGAACGAGGUACGGUCACGCGACCGGUACGCCUUGCCCAUCCCCUCCUCGUCUUCGUGUUGCUCGGCUGCGGAGACCGAUCGACGGAUCCAUGGAGCUAACCGCGAAAUGGCGGAAGAAGCAUCGUGGAGGAGGCGAAGAUGGCAUCGAGGACGACUCCCACCCCAUCGACUCCCAAGAUCAAGAGGAGAUGGUUCGAUCUUUCGAGAGGGAGCACGCUCGACAGAGUCGUCUGUGGAGGCGUGUUUUCGCUGGAUUUCUCCUCGGCUAUACCGCGUUCAUGGUCUACUCCAUCUUCCAGCAAGCUUGGUAUCCAUGGGAACUGCGUUUUCAUGCUUAUUUCGUGGAAGAAAUGCAAAGCUGGAUGACCAUAUCUGCAGAUUGGGUUGCUGUUCUAGCUUGUUCAUUCGCAGUCAGGGGUCUAGCUUCUAGCUCGAAGUCUUCCCAACAAUGGUUGUGGUAUUCAUGCUACGUUGGCUUGCUUCAUGCCGUCUUUUGGUUGAUUUACAUGUUCAGGUUGCCAAAGUUUCGUUGGGAUGUACUGUGGCUUCCUUUGGGUCCUUUGAGUGGUGCUGGGAUCUGCCUCUAUGUGGACCAUUUGCUUCAUGAGUCACUGGAAGACGUAAAACAGCUUCGGAGCCACAUGUAUAAUUUCAAAGCCCUAUAAAGCUAGUGAUGACAUUUUCUCCGUAAGUGACCCGGCCUUGCUAUAUAAUUGUUUUUUUUUUCCGAAGAAAACAGUAGUAUAGAGCAGUGAAAUCUUUGUGAUGGCCAGAGAAAAACUUCAGUUAGAUAUCAUUCUCUAAUGCUUCUUUCUGGGACAUAGUUUAUGUGAUGAGAUUCAUGCAGCA